AUGUCUCAUCUCAGCACCAACCUGGUCCACGGCGACGAUAACACUUUUAGAAGAGUCUCGGACGUUAUUCAGCCAAUCAAUGUUACAACCACAUUCAGCUACAACGAAGAUCCAGAGAAACUUGUUAAGGCGAAGGAUAUUGAAGAGGGCGUUAUUACCACCAGGGACCCUGUGUACUCUAGACUUUCCCACCCGAAUUCUUCGAAGUCAGAGACGGUCUUAGAGCAGUUGCUAGAUGGCCACGUUGUGGUGUACAACUCUGGCCUGUCAGCGUUCUUCGCAGCGCUCACAUACUACCAUCCGAAGGUGCUCGCAAUUGGGAACGGUUACCAUGGCUGUCACGGAAUAGCCAAUAUUUUUACCAGAAUAUCCGGUCUGAAACAGGUCAGCCUGGACCAGUACGACCAACUGGGACCUGGUGAUGUUCUCCAUCUAGAAACCCCAGAGAACCCCUUCGGUACCGCCCAUGAUUUGAGCUUCUUCGUGGCCGAAGCCCACAAGAGGGGCGCGCACGUGAUCUGCGAUGCCACAUUUGCUCCUCCUCCUCUGCAGACGCCGUUCGAGUUCGGCGUCGAUUUGGUGAUGCACUCUGCAACCAAGUACUUUGGAGGCCAUUCGGACCUGCUCGCCGGCUGUCUUGCCACGAAAGACAUCAAGGUGAAGAACCAGCUGGUUUCGGACCGAACCUUCCUGGGAACCACCAUUGCGAAUCUCGACAGCUAUCUGCUGCUGAGAUCGCUCAGAACGUACGAGAUGAGGAUCCUGAGACAGAGCAGCAGCGCAGAGAAAAUUGUGGCCUACUUUGCAACCAACAAGGACAAAUAUCCGGCCCUGGACAGGAUUUACCACUCCUCUUUGCAAAAGGAGGAAUUCGUCAAGCAGCAACUCCGUGGUCACAGUCCUGUCUUUGCAAUUGAGCUGAAAACCUCUGAACUGGCCAAGAGACUGCCUUCUAGACUAAAGUACUUCCACCAUGCCACCUCUUUGGGCGGUGUAGAGUCGAUGAUCGAAUGGCGUGCAAUGACUGACCCAGGGGUUCAAGAGACGCUGCUCAGAAUCAGUAUUGGUGUCGAACACCCUGACGAUUUAAUUGCCGAUCUCGACCAGGCCCUAUCGAGCUUGAGCUGA